CUGUAUACACAAUUACAUCUUAUCUUUCAACCGACGUCAUACUCCUCUCAACCCUAACUUGUGAAUCAGGCAAUCAAUGACAUUGAAGGUAGCAUGCUCACAGUGCCAUUCAUUGGCACCGUUCAUCUCGUUUCCACAGUUUCGGUUGACACGAUUGAAGGCUCCAAGACUUAGUUAUCUUCGUACCUGUUCUAAAUUCAAGGCAAGCGACAAAAGCUAACUGGAACUUCAUUUCACCUAAUCGAUUCCAAGCAAUUAUGUCUCUACGAUUUGACUUGCUAAAUCUUUUCUCUACUCUCGGUUAAUCUUCCACAAGUGCCGAGAGGCAGAAUACCCUCAUCUAAUAGCCAAUUUCAUCAAAGCUUCUUGCUUAAGUCUGUCUACCCAAACCAAGUUCCUUUCAAUUCAAUUAAUCAUAAGUAUUAGAGUUGCAUUGUGCCUUAUUUGUCAGGCCGGUAAUGGGAAAACAAAACAAGCAAGAUCAAAGUGCACACAAAGAAAUGAAUAAUUGUGAGAAGAAUAGACUUUUAAGGAUUCAAGAAAACCAAGCAAGACUAAAAGAUUUGGGAGUUAAAAGCAUUGCAAAUUCUUUGACAAGUUUGGUAGAAAGUCAAAAACCAAAGAAAAAACAAGUAAAACUAACAUAUAUCGGUGCUAGAGAUUCAGAUUAUAUUCCUGAUUUUGGUGAUGCUAAUGAUGGAGAUUACCAUAAACUUGCUAGAAGUGUUGAAGUAUCCAAAAAGAAUUGCUAAUUUAACAAGGCAACGUCGGGUGAUUGCUCUAAAUGUCUCCAAUAAGUAUCCAUUGGUUUCGAAUGUAACAAAAGAAAAACAAGCUAGAGCAAAAACUAGUAUGGGUGACUUAAUCUUGAGGAAUAAAGGCCCGCAAAGAAGAAGGGAUGUAUUCAAACAAAAUACAGAAAAGCAUAAUUGUAUCAAAAGCGGAGCAAAAAGACAAUUGGCUCUUGUUGAUGAGGAUGAGGAUGAUGAGAUAUCUCAAGAUCCAAACAAGGAAUUCUCCACUCUAACUCAAAUGUUUGAAUGUACACGUCAAAGGACAGAUGAGCGUGUAUAUCUAGAUAUAUAUGACGACAUGACAAAUAAAAUUGAACAAAUGAAGAAGUACGAACAUCUAGAAGAUGAAAGUGAUGUCGUAGAUCCUUAUAUGAUUGUGAUGAAAAAAGAGAAUGAUGGAUACCGUCGAUUUUAUGGUAGAGGUGUUACUAAUAGAUUGAUAAAAAAGAGUGGGUGGUGGUGA